AUGCUGGACCUCUUCGCACCUAUUAAAUGCCUUCUACAGAAAGAAUCCGUUCGUGUCGACAAUGUCGUCUUCAGGCUACACUCGCGCAUCACCGUUCUCCUACUGCUCGUUUGCACCAUUCUCGUAACUGCUAAGCAAUACAUCGGCGAACCGAUUUCUUGCAUGACCGAUGCUUCCAUCGACAAAGAUCCCGUAAAUGCGUAUUGCUGGAUCUACAGCACAUUCACGGUAACCCGACAUCUGAAAGGUAUUCCUGGACGGAGUGUAGCGAGUGCUGGUGUAGGACAGGCCCUUCCAGGUGAUGAAGCCCGUCAUCAUCGAUAUUAUCAGUGGGUAUGCUUUGUUCUCGGCUUACAAGCCAUUUCUUUUUACGUGCCGCGCGCGUUAUGGGGCAUCUGGGAGAGAGGCACCAUAAGUCUUCUUUCGCGGGAUCUCGCGAAGCAGCAGCUCGUCGAAUAUUUCACCAAAACGAAUCUGCACGGUCACAAUUUCUACGCCAUGCGUUUCUUCGUGUGCGAGCUCUUGAACUUCUUAAAUUCGAUAGGACAGAUAUAUCUGUUGGAUAUAUUUCUGGAGGGACAGUUUAGGCGAUACGGACCCAUGGUGAGCGCGUUCCUCGCCGAGGAAAGUCCUCACGAAAGGAUCGAUCCUAUGGCGCGAUUGUUUCCGAAGGUAACCAAGUGUACGAUUCACACAUUUGGACCCGCGGGUUCCGUGCAAACUCACGAUGCUUUGUGCGUGCUUCCGCUGAACGUGGUGAACGAGAAGAUCUUCGUUGUUCUCUGGUUCUGGCUGGUGUUUCUUGCGGGCGUCGGUUGCCUCGCGGUAAUCUAUAGGAUCAUAGUGUUUUCUCAAGCAUGGGCGAGAGUGUAUCUUCUACGUGGUGCAGUUCGCAGGCUCGAGAAAUCUAAAGCUGAGCGUGUUGUACGAGUAUUCCAUUUCGGCGAUUGGUUCCUAUUGCACCAACUCGCACAGAACGUCAAUCCUAUCGUGUACAUGGAGCUGGUUAACGAGAUAGCGAAAGCCUUCACGACUAAGAGUUUCGCGGACUUCAUCUAG